ACAUGGUGAAAAAAAAUCAUUUAAUUUGCCUAGCACUGAUGAUGAUGGCCAUUUGGGGUGGAGGUUAUAAUUAUUUACUAAUCCUUGAGUAAAUCCCGCACUAAUGUUUGACAAAGGCUUCAAAAGUGCAUGCUGCCAUGUGUAAGUAUUUCAUCAUAAGUGUCACGGGAAAUUUUUCCUCUGUCUCGAUCUGACUGGAUGUAGCUAUACAGUUUCGAAGUCAAUUGGUGGUCAAAAUGACAAGCCCUAUUGUGGCUGUUUGAUGGCUGGUGGCAAUUUAUGAGCUUGGCAAUAUUUUUCUUGGUUUAGAAACUCAAUUUUAUGCUAACUCUGCCUUUUUUAGGUAAGACUGUUAUUGUAACAGGGGCUAACACUGGAAUAGGAAAGGAGUCUGCUUUGGACCUAGCUAAGAGGGGUGCCAAAGUCAUUUUGGCCUGUCGAGAUGAACAGAGAGCCACAGAUGCAGCAAAGGACAUUAUAGCUGAGACUGGAAGUGAUAAAGUCCUUGUUAGAAUUUUAGAUCUGAAUUCCUUUGAGUCUGUGAGAGCCUUUGCUAAGAUCAUCAGUGAAACAGAAGAAAGACUGGACAUUCUUGUGAACAAUGCAGGGAUUGGACUGGGAGCCCCAUAUAGGCUGACCAAGGAUGGAUAUGAAAGUGUUUUUCAAGUAAACUAUCUCAGCCAUUUUCUUCUGACUCUACUUCUGUUGGACAAAAUGAAGAAAUCAGCACCAAGUCGCAUUGUAAAUGUUUCAUCCCUGGCACACGAACAAAAGAUUGCUGCUCUCCAGCUUGAGGAUUUUAAACUUUCCAAGGAGAAGUUGGAUAGUGGAUUUGCACGUUAUGCUCAAUCAAAGUUGGCUCAAGUGGUUUUCACAAAGGAACUGAGUCGAAGACUGGAGGGAACUGGAGUAACAGUGUACGCCCUUCAUCCUGGUGGUGUCAAUUCAGACAUUUGGCGAAACUAUAAUUUUCUGGAGAAUCCAUUCAUUAAACCAUUUGUAAUGCUGAUUGCAUAUUUGUUCUUCAAAGACUGCAAGCAAGGAGCUCAGACAUCAAUCUACUGUUCAGUAGCAGAAGAGCUGGAACGUGUCUCGGGUCUUUAUUACAGUGAUUGUAAAGUCAGAGAAGGCAAUAAACUGGCAAAAGAUCCUGGUUUGGCAAAGAAGUUGUGGGAAGUUAGUGAGAGGAUCACUGGACAAAGCUGGAAAUAUUAGACAUUCUAGUUUGUGCAUGUACAUUUUUUUAAGGACCAUUACUAGGAACCAGGCUCUCAUUAGAUAUGGCACUGUUAAACAAGCAGCAAAGCUGUGAGAGGUCUCUGAUGGCAUGUUGACCUUUCAUGCUUCGGGUCAGAACCUUUGCUGAUUCUCCAGUUGCCAAUCACAGCUUGCUUACAAUUAAGCCAUUACUUAGUAACAUGCUUUUUCUUUCAUGUCUCCAAUGCAUUAUCCCUCAAGUAGGUUAUAGGGAUAGGCAUUGCAUAUCUUAGGAAGAAGAAAGCGAGCAAGCGCCUUUAUGCUCUUAGGAUGCUUGGGAAGGCAGGAGUCCCCCGGACUGAUUUAGUGCUUAUUUAUUGCUCCCUAAUACGGUCGGUCUUGGAGUACGCACCCCCUGCCUGGGCAUAUCUUCCUGAGCACCUUAACGAGCUCGUCUAGUCAGUACAACGGAAAGCACUUAGGAUAAUCUUCCCCUGUCUUGACUAUGGAUCUGGCCUUAGUGUGAGGCUCGGCUGUAACCCCUCGUGGUUCGCAGAGCUGAACUGUGUUCCAGGUUCAUGACUGGGGCGAGGAGGACUGAACCUAUAAGUUCCAUCCUUCCUUGCACCACAGAGGUGCAUCAUGGUUAUUCUUUGCGAGCCCGUAUUGUUCGAGUAGAUCGGCAUAGAGGGGCCACAGACAGACUUAAUAAUUUUGUUACUGUUCGAUAUCAAUAAGAUGUAUAUUUAAUGUUGUACCUAUGUAAUACUGACCCAUACUGCAAUUCAGCCUUAGCUGCAAGAGUAUGCAAUUAAACGAUCAUCAAUCAA